GAAGAAGAAGAAGAAGAAGAAGAAGAAGAAGAAGAAGAAGAAGAAGAAGAAGAAGAAGAAGAAGAAAUUUGGCUUGUUUUAACCCGGCAUCAGGGAUCUGUCCAUUUUAUUCCACAAAUUUGUUAAAACGUGAUUAAUAUUAUUUAUUUUGGUGGUUGAUAUAUUACCAGUGUUUCUCCAAAAAGCAAAGCCAGGGUCACGAUGUCUCAAAGGAGGAGGACAUCAGCCGUGCCGCUUUCCCAAAAGAGAGCUUCCAAGGGCUCCCAGGCGCGAGAUGAUUCAGGGGAGGACUACUCUUUCACUCAGCCCACCUCGUCACAAGUCCAGAGGGGCCUGGAGCGCCUCACUUCAGCCCAGUUGGACCAAAAGAUGGCAGAGGUGGUGCAGUUCAUUCUUAUUAAGGACCAGAAGAAAAUUCCAAUAAAGAGAGCAGAUAUUGUGAAACACGUGAUGAAGGAGUAUAGGAACAUCUACCCUGAGGUUAUUAAGGGGGUCACUCAGACAUUUGAACAGGUGUUUGGACUGAAGUUGGUGGAGAUUGACACAAAGAAUCACAUGUAUAUCCUCAUAAACAAACUGGAGCCUGUGCCUGCAGAUGAAAACAGCAUGGACCCAGGUAACCCCGGUAACCCCAGGACUGGCCUGCUCUUUGUCAUUCUGAGCAUCAUUUUCAUGAAGGGCGGAGUCGUCAAGGAGUCUGUGGUAUGGAACACGCUGAAGAAGCUGAGGGUAGAGCCCGGGGGGAAACAUGAAGUAUUUGGAGAUGUGAAGAGGCUGAUCACAGAGGAGUUUGUCAGACAAAAGAACCUGGAGUAUGUGCGCAUCCCUCACACGGACCCACCGGAGCACGAAUUUCGCUGGGGAGUGCGGGCGGAGAAGGAGGUCUCCAAGAUGAAGAUGCUGCAGUUUGUAAGCCAGCUGCAUGAUCAGGAACCACAGACCUGGUCUCAGCAGUACAACGAGGCUACAGCGGACCCCAACAGUCAGAGACCCAGGAAUGUAUAGCACAGCAAAGCUCCCUAGAAAGUUCUUAACUGUACUGUUUAUAAACAAUGCUCAUAGCUGUACUGUUUAUAAGCAGUGCUCAUAGCUGUACUGUUUAUAAGCAAUACUCAUAGCCCUGCUGUUUCUAAGCAGUGCUCAUGGUUGUUUUCCAAUGUUUCAAUGCAAGAGGUUUGUCAUGCACUUACACAAGCACAUUAAGCACUUUACAGCUCAGUGUAUAUACAAGUGUAUGUUUAGUUUGUUUUAAAUAAGCUGAGGUGUGUUUGCAUAUUUUAAAUAAUUAAAUAACUGUCUCCACA